CGAACGCUAUCCACUCUCUCGAAGGCCAAAGCCCAUGGCGAGUCUCCUAAUCUUCAACUCAACUCCUCUCGCACUCUCUAACCCACCCACAACCACGCGUGCCACCUUCAAGCCUCCGCACGUGCGGAUCUCGCCGGCGAUUAGAAUCUCCGGUAACCGGAGACAACCGAGAGGAAUUGCCGUAGUGACCCGUGCGGGAACACCCAGCACCAGCAGCUACGUGUUUGCGAUUACGCUGCCACUUUCUCUCCUCGCUGUCACCGUGUUCACUUCUUUAAGAAUCGCUGAUAGGCUCGACAGAGACUAUCUUGAAGAGCUUGCAAUUAAUGAGGCAAUUAAGGAAGCAGAGGAAGGGGAGAGAGAAGAAGGUGAUGUGGAGAUUGAAGAAGAAGAAGAAUCAGCGGCAGCAGCACAGGAACCUGAGCUUCCACGGACUCGAAAUCGACCAAAAAGGGAAGUAGAAGCUUAGGAUUAAUUUCAUUUGCAGAGAUGAAUAUUAUUACCACGUACCAGUAUGCUUAAAUCUAACGAGCAUUCAAGGAGUUUAUAAGAAAUUGCUACUUGUUAUGUUAUUUGGAUUGGCACUAGAAUUAUAGAAGAUGCAAUGUAAGAGAGAAUAGGGCUGG